ACUUCUGAUCCGCUGGAUGUUUUGUCAGACAACUUUAGUUGAGAAGUUAUGAUCGCACAACUCGGGAAUGUCUUAUGAUUUACUGGUUUUGACUAAUAAAAGCGUAGCGGAAGUUGGACGGUGUUUCUCUCGUAGAUUUUCAUAGAAAAUCGUUCUUCUUCGUAGCCUGCUCCGUGGCAUGGCUAUUAUGGUAGCAGAGUCCCAACUCCCAAGAUCCGCCAAAUCUGAGCAUAAUUUCAUAUUUUGAAGCAAUAUCUCAUCUUCGUCGGAACUUGGCGUGGUGGACGCCAAUUCUUUGAAGCAGUAUUGUCGUGAAGCAUUGCCCUUUUAAUACUGGGAUUAACUGACAGCACUAUUUGGAGCCUAGUUGCAGAGUUUCGGUUUUCGUGGAUUACAGAGCGAUGAGACACGGUAACCCGAAACCCGUGCAGUCGGAUUGUGGAGAGAGGUGUUGCGCCCAGGCCAACGUGACAGGUGAGCAGAGCGGACCGCAGCCCGACCUGGCCAACGUGAGUGAUAUGUACUCACCUAAGUCGGACUCUGGUGAGAUACGCCAUACCCUGCCCGAGCCUUGCCCGGGAAGCCGCGCAUGGACUAUGUUUCGCCACCAACCUCAAGAGUGGUCAGGAAGUACCCAAGCGGAGCUCAUUCCCAACGGAUGAAGAUCUCCGGCAAUGACAAAGAAUAGGCGUACGUUAGGGCCGCUCCACAGGCGUUGUCCCACACGGGCACAACUUAUGCCACUGGGAACAGCCUACCAGCUCAUCGAGAAAUGGCAUGGUCCAUGGCUAUCGAAGUUCAAAGUGAUGUUGUAGAUCCAAAUAGGCUAUAAAGAGAGUGUCAUCCUAAGGACUCAUACGCCUAACGGCGACAUCUUUUACACUUUCCCACCGGAAAGGUGCGAAACGGCCCCUCAAGGCUAUUGGGAAUGGCGCAACGCUAUCCUGACGGUGCCCACCCCCUCGGCCUGACACGAGGCGAAAUGGCCAACCAGCCCUUGGGACGAUAUCAGCUGGCAGCCUUGGCACACCACUUACAGCUGGUCGAUGGAACACAGUAUGUCUCCGGUCAGGGCCGCACCACGGGCUGGUACCCCAUCGGAGAAGAUGUGAGGCACGUCGUCAAGAAGAUGCUCGAAGGUUGGUUCGAACAGACCGUUGAUGCCCCAGAGGCCCAGCAGCGAUACAGGAUGCGACGUGACCAACCGGACCGUUAUGGGCCUCGUCCCACCGCCGCCCUGGCUUCUACCAAGAAGAUGCAGAAUCGGAAAGAAUGGGACUUACUCCACGGCAGAAGCAUGACCCUGGUUGCGGGACUGCAAAACCAACAGUACGGACCAGUCGAACCGGAGGGACAACUCUCAACGAGAAGUUUCCCCUGUGCCUACCACUUGAGGCCCGGCUUCCGCAACGAUAGCGAAAUGGCGUACGCCUUCUACCAAGAAGUGGUUAGAGGAAACUUCGAAGCCUAGAGCUACAUAACCACUCACGGACACCACCUGUUCUCAUUACUGAGGGACAGCGAACAGAUCGAAAUCUUCGAUCUUUACCUGGAACGUUGCGGCGCCUUAGGACCAGGUUGGAGCAGCGGCGACAAGAUGUUGCCUCCCCUCACUCAAACGGCACGAGAGCGGAAGGCACAGCGUGACCAUGAACGCAACGGUCGACCCCGUAACACGGGUGUCGACCAGUACAGGGCGCUGCCUAUCGGCUGCCCCGAAAAUCUUUGGACAGCAGUCGCACCAGCAGCCACAGUCGCGAUCUUAGCCCCACGGGUUUCAGACACGCAUUACAUAUGAUCAGCUAAUGAGCAACUUUAACAAAACCGUCGUCGACCAAGUGGUCAAGCAACGGAAGGAAGAAGGCGGCCUGCUGGAUGCCCUAAAAAGACCAAUAUGAACCGACGCGUACUCAACAGUAAGCGCCACCGGCACCGCCAUCGCGCCCGCCAGAAACUUACGCCCCUACAUUGACAAUCGACACCAGGACCAGACUGGCAGCCAGAAUCGCGGGCAUCCUCAGGAGCGAUCGCACCAUACGCGGAUCUCACCCUGUAAGCGGAACGAGGAAGACUCGAGCCUGGUUGUCCAACGCACCAAUAAGAGGCCUGAACGGAAUGUCACCAUGGAAAUGGAUACCGAUCCACCGUCAUCGGACCCACCGGUCCGACGUGACACAAGCACCAGGGCGACAGACUUCGACGCAUAUGAAUACGCCCCCAACCAGGGCAUAAAUAUCCAGCCAUGUCCUCAUCGAUUACAUCAUGGGGGCCAUCCCACAUCCAAGAGAUCGAUGGGCCCAGAUUGACGUCAUUAUUCAGGACCCGCAGAACUUUGUCUGGUGGUCCGGACUCAAACGGGAGUUUCAGCGGAAGGGCUGGCCGGAUAGAUGCCGGAGUCUAAAAGCAGCGCUAGCCGCUUUUUCUCUGUUGAACAGCGCUUCCCCCUUCGGCACUCAUAACGGAAAAUUGUUUUUUUAACGCAACAAAUUUUUUUACAUACAUGAGAGCGGCAUAUUCUGAUAGAGGAGA